AUGUUUCACCUUGCCACCUUCCUGUCGGUCCUGGCCACCUACUUGGUGUGCUUGGUUGCCGCCACUCCCGUCGAGCUCUCCCUUGCCGUCAAGCGCGCGGCAGUUACUCUCGAUGAGAAUGAUUCAUCCGGCUUCACCGUGUCCGAGACCGCAGGUGCCUGUCUCCCUGGCUACAUUGAACUCUUCCUGUACGAGCACAUCGAAUACAAGGGCAAGUUGGUCAUCGUCUGCACGGCGCCUGGAACCUGCAACAACGUCGGCACGAGCUUCGUCAACAAGAUCUCCAGCUUCCGUCUCAAUGGAGGCGGUUGUGUGUGGUUUGACUGCGUCGGCAAGGAAUGGGGCUUCAUCCAGGAUGCCGGCAAUCUCAAGGUAGGAAAGGGACCAAACGACAGGAUCAACUCUUUCCGGUGCUGGCUUUGGACCACUGCAGAAGAGCCUGUCAAGCGCGAGGUAGCCGCUCUGUCAACCGUCACCUUCUCCGACUCUGUCUCCAAUUCUGCAGGAGACCUCAACGUACCUUCGAACGCUCUCGAUGCCCGCGAUGUAGCGGUGAAGGACGAGACCACAGAUUCUGUAGACCUUGGGCAAGAUUACUGCAACCAGCAUGAGCUCGAUGUAAAAGGCAUCCAGGGUGUUUCGGUGGUCUUGCACGAGCACCAAAACUACGGUGGCCUCAAAACCAGUCACUGCAUCACGACACUAGGCUGUGUCCGGGUACCCUCGUCGAUGGAGAAGAAGAUAUCCAGCAUUAGGGUGUGGGGUGGCGAAUGUCUAUUCAGCACGGGCCCCAGCUGCAACGGCAAGCACCUCGCCGUCGACAGCAAAGGCAACUUCGACAAGCCGGUGAAGAACUUGAAAGACUUCGGGAUGAACGACCAGAUCUCGAGCUAUUCGUGCCAUGCAAACGGAGGCUAUCUCGGUAAGCGGACGGUGUCCUCAAAUCUCGAACCUGCCGCCGCACGCGAUCGAUGCCAGGAAUACGAGUCGAAUAUGAACCUCCGCGGAGGCGUCGCCAUACGCUUGUAUCAGCACGAAGACUUCCAGGGAGAUUGGUAUUGUCUCUGGUCGAUCCCAGCUACUAGCUGCAUCAAGGUGCCUUCCGUGCUCAACGACAAGAUCUCCAGCCUCAUGCUGUGGGAAGGCGCAUGCCAGUUCUAUCCAACUGACAACUGCGAGGGCACGAGCGCCCUCAUAAUCGCACCGGCCAUCGGCACCGCAUGGGUCCCGAAUCUAAAAAAUUUGAACAUGAACGACAGGAUCUCCAGUUACCGCUGUGCUGAGGGCGAUGACGCCGUCGCGCAACUAGAGGCGAGGGAUGGUUCCGCGGCCUCCGCACCGGUCUCCACACUCGCUACACGCGACGAACACUGCAACCAACGCGAUCUCAUCGAGAAGGGCGUGCGAGGCGUCUCCGUGUUCCUCUACGAGCAUAGGGACUUUGUCGGCCUCCGGAGCAGCGCGUGCGCCAGGGACAGCCAAUGCACUCUGGUCGCUCCGGAGAUGAACAAGAAGGCCUCGAGUAUCACAAUCUCAGGAGGGGGUUGCGACUUCUUCUCGGAUACAGCUUGUCAGCACGUGCCAAUCCACAUGGAUGGCAAGCCCCCUUACGGCGACGAGACUACCGACCUGAAUGCACUAGGACAAACGCAAGGCUUGGGGAAGAAGAAUGAUAACAUCUCCAGUUUCAUGUGCAAAGUUGGCUUCGGUCCUUGGUAUUGA